AUGGGAUUAUUAAUCCUGGCCCAGACUAGAGGAGGCAGCAGACUCCAUGCAGACCCCUCGGCGAAAGGAAGCAUUCAGCCACACACCUACCUUGAAGGGCUGCACCGGACUGAGGCUUUAACCAGAUGGAGUUCAGAGCAGCUCCUUACAAGUGUGCUCCCUGCAGGAGAUUCGUGGGGGAUCCUUGCCUUCCUGUGUGCCACGCUCUGGAACCUUCCUGUGGUGCCUGCAUUGAACAGCACGGACCAAGUGACUACCAGGCAGUCCAUCCAGCAGACGUACGACCUUACUCGCUAUCUGGAACACCAGCUGCACGCACUUGCGGCCACUUAUCUCAACUACUUGGGACCACCUUUCAAUGAGCCGGACUUUGACCCUCCCCGGCUAAUCGGGGCAGAGGCUGUGCCCAGUGCCACUGUGGACUUCCAGCUGUGGCGCAGCCUGAAUGACAAUGCACGGCUAGCAGCCAAUUACCAGGCUUACAGCCACUUACUGUGCUACCUGAGGACCAUGGAUGGAGCAACCCCAACUGCCAUGCCAACUUUGCGCCACAGCCUGGCCCACUUCCGAGCCAGCCUGCAAGGGCUGCUGGGCUCUAUUGCUGGCAUCAUGGCUUCUCUGGGCUACCCACUUCCACCUCCAGUGCCUGAUGGUACACCUACCCCUAACAGCCACUUCCUGAGGAAGAUGGAUGACUUCUGGCUGCUCAAAGAGCUGCAGACCUGGCUUUGGCGCUCAGCCAAGGACUUUAACAGGCUGCGCAAGAGGGUGCCACCAUCUGCUGUUAUGCUGCACCUAGAAACCAGGGGCUUCUGACCCCUGCCCUUCACCAUUCUUUGUCUCAUCACCUCAACCACUGAUGGCAUACUUGCCCUUCGAAGGCCUAGGGUUUUUCAAAGCCUCUGAAUCCACUGUUCCCUCCCAACCCAACUAAAAAACGUCCCCUUGCUUCAUGGUGCUGCACUGCUCUCAUUUAUGAAGCUGUGCCUCUAGGUGAGCAUAUUCUCACCUACCCAUUCCUUUCCUUCCUUCUCCUUCUCCUUGGUUUCCUAUAUUUUUGUUAUUCCUUCCUUACCAGAGGGGACUAUUAAUUUUCCAGAAGGAGAGGAAGAUCCCUGCUCCCCUCCUUACCUCAGUGAUAAGCAAUAAAGCCCUGGCCACAGGGCAGCAAACAUCUGGCAACCUCCACCUCUGACAAUCCAGCUCCUGAAUUUGUUCUCACCAGAGCCUAGGUUCCUGCAUUCUCUUUUAAAGGGAUUGUGCUAGUUAGGACUUAUGGUUAGGCCUCACAUUGGCAAGACUGGGCAGUUCUGAGGGAAGCACGUACCAUGUUCUUCAAGGCCAAGAGCUCUGGGACAAAACAGAUAGGACCAUCAUCCUAACAGUCAUCACUGCCUGCUUGAGCUUCUUCCAUGCUGUGGCAGGCGGGCCAGUGAAGCUGUGUGGUUUACACUGACACUAGCAAGGAAGCGGGGAAGGAAGGAGAUGGAGAGUUUCCCAAGUAUGGCCCCAUCCUCAGUUCUCUCCCCUUUCCUCUCUGU